GAAAGUUUGAAGCCCCGGUUUGAAGCCCCGGUUUGAAGCCCCGGGGCUUCAAACGUAUUACCAGUGCUCUUAGUUCUUUUGGAGUAAAAGAAAUCCAAAAAAGUUUUUACUUAUAUCACAAUUUGGAGUAAAAGAAAUCCAAAAAUUUUUUUAAGAAAAACACAACCAAGAUAAUAAUACUAGGCCCAGCACAUGUUCAGUCUUCCCAAUCCUCAAUAUGCAAAGCUCUGAGAUACCCGAUUCGAGAGAACCCGGUAACGGGUCCGGUUCGACCAUUUUCCGGAUCGGCCAACGAGUGCAUUACGCCGGAGACCCCCGCCGGAUCGGUACCGUGAAAUACAUCGGUCCUGUGGAAGGUUACACGGGAACGUGGAUCGGAGUUGACUGGGACAAUGGUGGCGGCAAGCACGACGGCUGCCACAACGGAGUCCGAUACUUCGAUGCUUCCGGCGACGCUACGGCGUCGUUUGUGCGGCCGCAAAACCUCAGUGCCGGAGUUUCAAUCUUGCAAGCCCUCGAGCUCCGGUACCGCACGGCUUCUAGCGAAGAAGAAGACCAUGAGAUGUAUGUUUUCUCUGCAAGCAACAGGCGAGUAACAGUUGAGCUGCUGGGUAGAGAAAAAAUUCAGAAUAAACUAAGUCAUUUUGAGGAAUUGAAAAGCGCAUCAUUGUCUUGUUUAGGAGUCAGCUCUGCUGGAGAUCCAUGCCACAUUGCUACAACUAUACCAAAUCUGAAGGAGCUUGAUUUGAGUAGAAACAUGUUUUACGAGUGGAAGGAUGUUGGUGCAAUCUGUAAAGCGUUGCCAGCUCUAGUGGCUCUGGAUCUAUCCCAUAACAUUAUGGCACAUGAUAUAAAUGGAAUGCCGCUGCUAAAUAAUAUUCGAGUUUUAGUUUUAAACUAUACUGGAAUCAGCUGGAGGCAUGUUGAAAUUCUUAAAGAUUCCCUUCCAGUCAUAGAAGAGCUACAUCUAGUUGGGAAUAAGUUGAAAGAGAUAGUGCCAUCAUCUUCAAGUUUUGUCAAAGGGUUUGAAUCUCUGCAUCUCCUUAAUUUGGAUGAUAACUGUAUAGAAUCUUGGGAUGAAAUUUUGAAGCUUUCACAGCUGAGAAGCUUGCAGCAGCUUUUUUUGAAUCACAAUAGUUUAUGCCGCAUCUGUUACCCUGAUUGCGACCCUUUAUAUGAAACCCCAAAUGGGGAUGAAUGUCUUCGGAACAGCUCUAGGCCUUUCAAAAAACUGCAUUCCCUUCUUCUUGGCAGCAACAACAUUAAAGAUCUGGAAUCUGUUGAUUCACUGAAUUAUUUCCCAAAUUUGUCGGAAGUAAGACUUACAGAGAAUCCAAUAGCAGAUCCAGGAAAAGGUGGUAUAGCCCGGUAUGUUUUGGUGGCACGUCUAGCAGGAGUGAAAAUAUUGAAUGGAAGUGAGGUUAGUCCUCGGGAGCGCAAGGAAUCUGAAAUUCGGUAUGUCCGGCUGGUCAUGUCUACAUGCCAUGAUUUUCCACAAGAAAUUGACCGACUACACCCGAGAUUUGCGGAGCUAAAAAGACGCCACGGAAUAGAGGAUGAACAACUGCACAGUGGACCGACCGGACCCCCUAAAAUGGCAGCAAGUCUUAUUUCAAUUACCAUGAAGUGUGUUGGAGCAUCAAUUGGUGAAAAGCCCCCACUAACCAAGAAGUUACCCAUAACAACCACGGUAGGGAAGCUGAAGAACUUGUGUGAGAGUUUCUUCAACCUAAGAUCUCUCAAGCUCAAACUAUUUCUUCAGGAAUCGGGUAUGCCAUUGCCAACGCCGCUCGAGGACGAUAUGGCAACUUUGCUGGAUGCUGGAGUUGCGAAUGGAUCGGUGGUUCUUGUUGACGAAGAGUGAUGCUGGUUUUUCAUCUCAGAACCAGAAAUAAAAAUCACCACUUUUCUUUCUCAGAUAUCAAGAGAAGUAUAGGCACCCUUUUUUCAGUAGAUUUUACUCCAUUUGUUUUCUAGGUUUUUAUUUAAAGGUUUUAAGGUUAUAGUUUGGUUAAUUAUCAGGUUUGAUGGUACUGUAAUUUUAUUUUAUCUUACAUUGUAUCAAUGAUUAACUGUCUUUUGUUCCAUUA